AUGGUCUCAUUGUACAUCCACAAUCUCUAUAGGAUUCUUGCGGAGGAGGUGGGAUUGGGAAAAACUAUUCAGACAAUCGGCUUUAUCAUUUACCUGGUGGAAAUCAAGAAAACCUCUGGUCCAUUACUCGACAUUGUUCCGUUGUCAAACAUUUCCUACUGGCAGAAUGAGUUCGACAAAUGGGCACCCAACAUGCAUCUCAUAGUGUUAUACGGGAACAAGGAGACCCGAAAAGCCAGUGAGCCAGUUAUAAGUCAGGGAAGUUUAACGUUCUUCUGA